CUGGGGUGGAGGUAUAGUUUGCCUUUCAGUUUACAGGAUCUCAACCUAUCAGAGGGGAGAGUGGGGUGAUGUGAUAUGGAUUAGCCUUUUUUUAAAGCCCGCUACAGGGGUAUAGCUACAAUAGUGCAAGUCAUGCCAGGGUCCACAAGUUAUGGGGGCCUAUGCAGCAGAGGGUGCCUAGGGUGGUAGAUUUCGGGACUUCCUGUGGUUGCCCCAAAGGAUGGCAGUGGCAGAUGAGGCUGGUGGGGCUGGCCAGGGUAGGCUGCUGCCCCGGGCUCUGAGGAAGUCCUCUCACCCCAUCUCCUGGGUAAGAUUGUUGAUGUGACUCAGGCUCUUAGCUGUCCGGGGCUUGUCUGGGUGGCACUGUCAGGUUUUCAGUCCCUGGGACAGCCCCUCCCCUGGACUCUCACUGCUGCCACCACAACAGCAAGGAGCUCAUCUGGAAAGAGGCAGGAGGGGUCAGGGUUGCUGAGGGCCAGGUUGGGGGUGGGUCGGCUGAGAUGGGCUGGGGCCGCAAACCUAUUCUUGCACCAGGCUCACUGGGGCUGUUAUGCUCUGGCCCUGCUAGAGGGGAAGGUUGGGCAGCAACGUGCCCCCUCUUGCUAAAGGGGUGUAUCAGGAUGGACCUCUGAGCUGCUGAGUGGGUGAACCUCCCAAGAGCCUGCAGCAGGUGCUGCCUGUAUUUUACUUCUGUGGGACUUAUCCCUGUAGUAGGGCGGGAGGCAGCAAUUUAAUGCUGAAAAUGGGCUCCUCUGACCUACCGGGAAAUACCCAGCAGGAGAGAGGGCAAGCCCAGGCCCAGAGGUGAGAUUUGUGGAACCCUCCUAACUAGGGUGACCAGAUGUCCUGAUUUUAUAGGGACAGUCCUGAUUUUUGGGUCUUUUUCUUAUAUAGGUUCCUAUUACCCCCCCACCCCCUGUCCCGAUUUUUCACACUUGCUGUCUGGUCACCCUACUCCUAACUUGCCAAAUAGGAUAGGCCAGCCCUAUGGCUGUGACACUCCAGCUGAUGCUUCUACCUGGACAAUCUUUCCACUGAAAAAUUUCCCUACAAGGAGUUUGGACACUAGCUUUACAUGGUGCUUCGGCGGCUGCUGGUUCAGUACUUGGCUUUAUUCUCUGAAAUGGGCACCGACUCUGAUUCCAAUGCGAUGCAACGCUUAUCGGAGCAUCCAAAACAGGAUUCUGGGCUGCAAAUGCAACAGGGAAAACUUUUUUUUUUUUUUUUAAACUUGUGUUCUAAGUCUGGCGUUUCACUUGCAUCUACACACAGGCCCCAGGAGCAAAGGUGCAGCUGUAUCUGCAAUAUCUGGAAACCUCCCUGCCCCAGCUAUGGUCCUGUAGCCUGCUCUGGGGCUAGUUUAGCUAUAGGACCUGUGCAGCCGCAUGGCCCACCACCCAGCCUGUCUCUUUAAGUGCAGGCAGCAGGCGGGACUCGCCCGGCCGCUGUUGUGUCAGGUGAUGAGGGAGCCGCAAGCGAGGGGAAGCGGAAGCCUGAGCUCUUAGCCGGCGCCCAUGUCCUGCCCCUCGCUUCCCGCAGCGGAGACAGCCCCAGCCGGUCAGUGCACGAGGGAGUCCGGGCUCGGCUGGGGUCCUGCAGCAGGAUUGCACGCGCCUCCUCUGCCCCCACACGCCAGCUGAUGCGCACACACGGUGGGGCAUGGACGGGCAGACUUGGGAAACUGAUCAACACAAUGUUCUCAUCAGGCAUCCCCCCCGCUUUGUGCACACAGACGGUGCACAGCUCUGAGCUGGUGGGCCCUCGGGGGGAGAGGGUUUGGGUGCAAACUGUUGCUAAGACUAGUCUACUCUGAAAUACUGGUGCUAAAUGCUCUGCAGGCUUUUUCAGGGGGUGGUGAAUCCAGUGGAAAAAAGUCUUUCAUUUCAUUUCCGCUCCUCUAUUCUUUGUUUCAGUUGGGAACCAGGAGGAGCACCUGGCCAGCCAACUUCCUGCCGCCCCCAGCAAGUGAUUUGCAGAUCGUGGAACACAGUUUAGGGCUCUCUAGUUUUCGGGGCCUGUAUCUUACCUGUGCUGCUCUAAACUUUGUGCUAUUAUUCAAUCUGUUCUCUGCAGUCUUAAAAACCCCGAAUCCUGGAGUGGACUCUGUAAAUUGCUUCUAGAGCUUGAAGGGAUGGGAUGGGAUUACAUUCCAGAGAGUCUUUGUUAUUAUUAUCUUUCAGGAAGUGACUUAGGGUAGCAGAAGAAAAGUGGAGGUAUCGAGAACAGUGAUUCAAGAUUUCACUCUGGAUCAGCCAGCUCCAGAAUAAUCCUGAAACUAGGGAGCAGAUGGCAACACUAUCCCCUCAGUUGCUAACUGCGGCAGCUCAGCAGAACCUUAGACCAGGGAGGAAGAAGGGUUUAUCUCCAGCUGCCUCUUUGCACCUGGCUGGGGAGAUCUUAGCUGUAGCUUCUGGAUUGAAACCUGCUCUCCUGUAUGAUUACAAUUCAGUUGGAGUAGACAAAAUCGAGAACUACCUUCAGCAGAUCCAGGGCAUCGGCCUGACGAGGCAUCGGCUGCACCUUCUUAAUAUAGCAGACAAUGUUCUGAUACUCAACCUGGAGAAGACGGCACUGUGGCUGGAAAUGCUGUUACUCACAAACAAAGUGCCCUUCAUUGAUGUUUCAGCUUCUAGGACAUGUCCUGGCCAUUGUGAGCCAGAAUACGUAGAAUCUAUAAAAGGCCACAUUGCUGAAAUAUUGUCUCAUGUUAAAACACUGCCAAGUGUCACAUCCCAGCCGGUCACUACCAGUGAGAUCUUCUCUGCCGAUUGGAAUCUAUGCACCAUCUUUGGUGUUCUCCUGGGCUACCCAGCUUCCUAUACUUUCACUACUGAGCAGGGGUUUGACAACUGUUUGUCUCUGACCCCACUGAGAGUUUUUACUGUCCAGGCCUCUUGCUGUAGGAUAAGUAAAGAUCUCAGAGUCCGAAUUUAUUCCUUUAGUGUCCCAGAGAACCUGUAUCUUGCCAUGAAGGAGGCCCUGGAUGCAUGGAGUGGAAAUCUGAAGGACUUAUUUAGUGCACAGAAUGACUUUGCAAACCUCUGUAUCUCAACGGAGGUGGUUUCUCUAGCCGCUGUUGCUUUGUAAAUAUAGUUUCUUUAUUUCUUAUCACAGGCUUGGGGGGUGCCAGGCAUGAAAUCUAGCGGGACACUUAACACUCCCCUAUGGACACAGGUUCCCCCAGGAAUAGCUUGAAACCACAGCUCUCCCCCACACCUGGAAUUUAGGGCCCGAAGCACUGGAUGUGAAGGGUGAGCAUGUUAGCUGCUGAACCUGUAUUUGCCAUGUCACUGGUACAUUGAACACUUGCCUUUCCUGGAAGUGCACUUUUUGGAUUCAGGCACCCACAGCUGGGUUGCAGGCAGUUCAUGCGGGAUGGAUCCCAAUUGUAGGGUGUUCAACUCCUAGGGUUUGUCUACACUUACAGCACUGCUGUAGUGCUUAGCGAAGACGCGACCUACGCCAAUGGGAGAGCUGCUCCCUUCAGCCUAGGAACUCCACCUUCCUGAGAGGCUGUAGCUACAGCGACGGGAGAAGCCGUUCUCUCGACAUAGCGCUGUUUACACCAGGAGUUCGGUCGGUAUAAUUGUGUUGCUCAGGGGUGGGGAUUUUCCACUCCCCUGAGUGAUGUAGUUAUAUCAACAUCAGUUCGUAGUGUGGACCAAGGCCUAGUAACCUCACUCAAAUGGCACAAUUGAACUCCACCUCAUUCUUCCUUCCAAAUAGGACUGUGGUAAUUGCAUCCCCUGCCCUCCCAUAUCAACAGCUGCUCCUAAUACCAGUUUGACUAGAAGAAUGAGCACAGUGAGUCAAGAAGUCAUGGGUUCUAAUCUCAUUUUUUCCUCUGGCUCCAUUGGGGCAAGUGAUUUCUCCCCAUAUGUACCUCAGUUUCCACAUCUGUAAAAUGGGGAUAUUUACCUCAAACAUUGAGGAUUAAAAAGGGGUCCAUAUUUGUACCGUGCUUUGAACAUAUAAAGUUUGAUAAAUACUAUUACUUAUUGCCUAUGUUAUCUAGUGUAACCCAUCUACUAUAGAGUCUGCUUGUGCUCACAGCACAAAUGUGUGUUUGCAUUAAAGAUAUGUGCUGUUGUCAAAGCAACAGAACUCAGCUGUUAAAGGAAUUUCAGUAAGUAUGCAGCAUGGACUUGGAUUAACAUGGUAUUAAGAUUUCACAAUUUUUCUCCCCACACUUAAAAAAUAAAAAAAUCAGCAACCUCUA